AUGGCCACACAAUCAGCCGCCCCCCCGGCCAACGAUGCCGCUUCUUACCUUGACCUUGCUAUCACACUAUCCCUUGACAGCUGGCCCGCACUCACACUCGCCGUCCAAUCCAAUUGGGGUGGACCGACUUCCGCAGACAAGCGCGCCUGGCUCUGUGGUGCAAUCUCUGAGAUGUUAACUGAGCGACCCGAGACCGAUGCCGAAGACCUCGAGGAUGUUUUGAUUCAGGUCAUGAACGACGAAUUCGACGUGGUGAUUGACGAUGAGAGCGCGGGCAAUGUGGCUGAUCAGAUUAUGGAGCUGAAGGAGCAGACUGUUCGCGGAGAAUUCGGCGCCAUUAAGGAGAUGUGGGAGAUGUGGCAGGCGAAGAGUGCGCAAAAGUCUGCGACGACGAACAUGUUUAAGCAGGUUGAGUCGAAGGAUGAGGAUCAAGAGACGGAUGAUGAUACUGAUGAGGAUGAGGGAGAUGUGGAAAUGGGAGAUGCGCCAGUGCGAGCGCCUAGGGAGAGGGCCGAGCCUGAGAUUGACGAUGACGGUUUUACGAAAGUUGUUGGAAAACAGAGACGGUAG